CAACACACACAGUGGAUGGAUCAGGAGCUGCGUCUAAGGCUUUAAAAGAGGAUGCCAGAUUGGGAGUUUGGGAUAAUUCUGACAGGGAGCAGAGCAGAGCAAUAGGUGGACUAUAUUUCCCCCUUUCACUGGGAUCUGUCUCUCACUGGGGGGAGGAGAGAGGAAGAGAGGGACAGACGGAAAGCAUAGACGGAGGACGUGUGCCCAUGAGGUCGUUGCUGUUGGUGCUUCUGCUGAUUGGCGUCCAGGCUGUACUGAACAUGGGAGGUGUCCUGGGCCCGGUGGCAGCCAACCACAGCGCAGAACACCACACAGUAGCCAAUGGCAGAGCAAAACAGCAGCGGGCGGCCCGACUCUCAGUGUCACCUCAGCAGGAGCAGCAGACUCAGCAGAGACCCAGCCGGACCAGACAGGCCCACAGGCCAGCCUCUCUACCCCAGGGCUGGAUCUCUUCCCUGGGCCACUCUGAGACAGGCUCCCCCUCUACCUCCUCCAUCCCAGAGGUGGACACCAAACUGUUCAGCAAGCGGCUCUACCACUCCUCACCGCGCGUCGUCUUCAGUGACGUACCCCCCUCUCACCACGGCCUGGGGGGGGAGACGGGGGAAGAGGAGGGAGAGGAGGAAGUGGGGAGGGUGAUGGGUGGGGGAGUGAGGGUGAGGCGGAAGGCAGGGGGGCAGCCCAUGCACAGGGGGGAGUACUCCGUGUGCGACAGCAUCAGCGUGUGGUUGGGGAACCUGACCAAGGCCACAGACAUCGCCGGCAACGAGGUGGAGGUUCUGCCAGAGGUGAAGAUAGACAACGUCCGCAAGAGACAGUUCUUCUACGAGACCACCUGCCGUGUGGCCACACCCCCGGGGGGCGGAGCUGGGGUUGGGGGAGGAGUUAUGGGAGGCGGGCCCAAGGCGGGGGCCAAAUCAGGGUGCCGCGGCAUCGACAGCCGUCACUGGAACUCGUACUGCACCAACACGCACACGUACGUGCUCGCGCUCACCAAGUCCAAGGAGCAGAUGGCGUGGAGGCUGAUACGCAUCAACGCAGCGUGUGUGUGUGUCCUCAGCCGCAAGUCCUGGAGGCACUGACCUUUAACCCCUGGGACUAUGGACCCUGAACCACACACCAUCAUCACUGACCUUUAACCCCUGGGAAUAUGGACCAUGAACCCCGAACCACACACAGGACACACACCAUCAAUACUGACCUUUAACCCCUGGGAAUAUGGACCAUGAACCCUGAACCACACACCAUCAUCACUGACCUUUAACCCCUGGGACUAUGGACCCUGAACCACACACAGUACACACAUCAUCAUCGGCCGUCACUAGGGGUCGAGUAUGAUUGCCCUCCUGGUGGGUCUCACACACACACUCUUGAAUCACCCCCCCCCCUACCUCAGUCAGUGUCCUGGUUCUUCUAAGUUAUGAGGACUGUAAGUCAUAUUUAUAUUUUAAACAGUCUAUUAUGAAUAUAUAUAUAUAUAUAUAUAUAUUAUAUAAGUGUGUAUAUAUACACGCAUCAUGAAAUCAAGCUUUCAUUGUUGUGUUGUUGUUGUUGUUGUUGUUAUUUAUUA